CUCUCUGCAGCGGCCGCUCAUCACACAGUCAGGACCACAGGACCGAGCCGAGCCGAGCCGAGCCGGGACAUCUAUUGAAUCAAGGCACCAUGACAGAAACGAGCAGAACCCACGUCAUCCUGUUGUCCUGCGGCAGCUUCAACCCCAUCACGAAGGGACACAUCCAUAUGUUCGAGAAGGCCAGAGAGUAUCUACACAAAACCGGACGCUUCAUCGUGAUCGGAGGCAUCAUCUCUCCGGUGCACGACUCCUACGGGAAGCCUGGUCUGGUGUCCAGUAAGCACCGCCUCACCAUGUGCCAGCUGGCGGUUCAGGCCUCAGACUGGAUCCGGGUGGACCCCUGGGAGUGUUACCAGGACACCUGGCAGACGACCUGCAGCGUGCUGGAGCAUCACCGGGACCUCAUGAAGAGAGUCACCGGCUGUAUUCUGUCCAACGUCAACACGCCAUCCACCACUCCUGUGAUUGGUCAGCCACAGAACCAGACUCCUCCCAUCUACCAGAACCACAACAGUAUGAAUCACAAACCCAAUGCCAUCAAACUGUGGGGGAAGGUCAGUGAGAGUUUGGGGAAGAUCUGCUGUGUCCGUCCUCACCUCGAUCGUUUCACCUUCGUCGAUGAAAACGCGAACCUGGGCACCGCCAUGAGGUACGAGGAGAUUGAGUUACGCAUCUUGCUCCUGUGUGGCAGUGACCUCCUGGAGUCCUUCUGCAUCCCUGGCCUGUGGAAGGACAGUGAUAUGGAGGUGAUCGUGGGCGACUUUGGGAUCGUGGUGGUUCCUCGUGAUGGAGCCGACACAGAGAGGAUCAUGAACCACUCGUCUGUUCUCCGCAGAUACAAGGACAACAUCCUCGUGGUGAAGGACGACAUGAACCACCCGCUGUCCAUCGUCAGCUCCACCAAGAGCAGGCUGGCGCUGCAGCACGGGGACGGACACGUCGUGGAUUAUCUGACUCAGCCCGUCAUCGACUACAUCCUGCAGAGUCAGCUCUACAUCACCGCCUCGGGAUAGAGGCGCCGACCGGAACUGCAUGACAACAUGGAGGGUGUGUGUGUGUGGGGGGGAGGGGGUCCAAUCAGCUCCAAACUAUAUAUAUAUAUAUAUAUAUACGGGUGGAGGUUAUCGUGAUGACACGUUUUGUGACGAGCUUCAUGCAAGAACAACUCCGAAGUAAAACAAAAAGUGAAAGACACCAAAACUUGGGACCUGGAAAAUUAGAAAAUGAAAAAAGUCUCUUUACAAAGAAACAACAAAUCUGAGCUGAGGGAGGAGGAGUCGUUCACAUGCUCACCAGCAGGGGUCUUCAGCUUCACCAGGUUCCCGUCACGCUCACAAAUGCACUUUCCAGCUUUCGACCUUUGACUCUUUAUCGUCACAUCUUCUCUUUUUCUGAACCGGUGAGUUUAAAGUCGAUCCUCUGUUCACUGAUCUGACUCAACAUCUGUAAACAUCUGUGAGCACUGUCAGUCAGAGAGCAGCUGGUGAGCAUGUGGAGCCAGAUGUUUCCCUCAGGAGGCGGUGGAGACCAAACACAGAGGAGAUAAUUAACAUCUUGGGUGUCGAACGUGACUCAACGUCUUGCUUCUUGCAUGAAGCCCGUGGGUUUGGUUUUUUGGGACAUCACUUGUUCUCGUGUCAACAGCAGUUCGAACCGAAGCUUCAGGCGCCGCUCGCAGUCCAAAAGAACCGAGCCUACGGACACUGUGUCAAAGAUCUAACAGAUCAGUCCAUGAUGAAGAUGAUGAUGAAGAAGGGAACUUUUCUAAACCUAAUCCUCAGCAGCAGUGUUGUUGCUGUUGUCGUUGUUGUGAGUGUGUACUUCAUCACUCGCUCUGUUAGCCUGCAUGCGUAGAGUCUGGUUCUAGCAUGAUGUUCAAAUCACUGUCGUGAUCGUGUUUCAAAGAAAAUCUAAUAUCUCUAAUAAACUGUGGGAAUCAUCGGCACCCACAUUUUCUAUUCA